AUGGCGCGAAAAGGAGUUCCCAAGGUCCGCACCGGCUGUCUGACAUGCAAAAAACGCAAGGUAAAGUGCGACGAAACACGGCCGGCCUGCAACCGGUGCACGUCGACGGGCCGGACGUGCGACGGCUACAUGCCGCCGCCGCCGGGCUGCAUGUCCUGGGACCGGCUUCUCUCGGCGCCGGUGCCGGCAUCGCCCAGCCCCUGCCCCGAGGCGGACGACCUCGAGCUGCGCGGCCUGGCCUUCUACCAGCAAAUCGUGGCCCCCGCGCUGUGCGGCCCGCUGGACAGCUCGUUCUGGACCAAGCUCGUUGCGCAGAUGGUGCACGCCGAGCCCGCGACGAGGCACGCCGUCCUGGCCAUAAGCUGGCUGUACGAGAACUUUGGCGACGGCGGCGCCGAGGAGACGCUGCGCGAAGGGGGCCGGCCGGGCGCCGACGACUUUGCCAUCCAGCACUACAACGCCGCCAUCUCGCACCUCAUCGGCCCGCAGACGUCGUGCCCCGCGGACCUGAACACGGUGCUGCUCGUCUGCAUCCUCUUCACGUGCAUCGAGUUUCUGCGCGGCGACACGGAGAGCGCCAUCAGCCACUCGCAGCACGGCAUCUCGCUGCUCAACUCGGCCGCCGACAUACGGCCCGAGCUGGUGAGGGUGUUUCGCCACCUCGCCAUCUUCCCCUACUUCUUUGGCGGCGACGUCUCGACGUUUCCGGCGCUGCAGGAUGCGCACGCCGUGGGCUUCGACAGCCUCGACGCCGCGCUCGAGUCUCUGGACUGCCUGCUCGCGCGGGCGGUGCGCCUCGUCCGGGCGACCGACGACCACCGCCUGGGCAUGGGCGCGCGCGAGCAGCCCCCGGAGGCGGUUGUUCACGAGAAGCGCUCGCUGGAGGGAGACCUCGACGCCUGGUGGUCGGCGCUGGACGAGCUGCGACGCGGGGGGGACCACCUGGUGUCGGAGCACCACGCUCCGGCGACGCUCCUCGUGCUGGAGAUGAGGUGGCUCGUCUGCAGGAUCUGGGCGAGUACGUGCCUCGCGCUCGAUGAGACCGUGUACGACGACCACGGGGACGGGUUCGCGCGCAUCGUGGACGUGGCGGCGCGGGCGGAGGCGCUGGCGGGCACCUCGACGCGCCGCGGCAAGUUCAUGUUCGUCAUGGGCUUCGGCCCGCUGCUGUACUUUGCCGUGGCCAAGUGUCGCUUCCUGGGGCUGCGGCUCAGGGCGCUGUCGCUGCUCGGGAGGCUGUCGUGCGUGCGGGAGACGCUGUGGGACGCGUCGACCUUGUAUGCCACGGGCAAGAGGAUCGCCGAGAUUGAGCAUGGCAUCGGUGAGUUGACGCCGGAGCAGGUCGACGCCGGCGGCGUGGGGAUGGAUCAGGACGUGCCGCCGGAUGAGGCGCGCGUGAGGGAUUCCGCCGUGGAGGAUGGCGAUGGUGAUGGGGACACGGCGAAGAGGAGGGUUUGUUUCUUGGUGCUUGGCCGCGAGGGCAUCGAGAGGAUGUACGAUUGGGUUUGA